AUGGGCCACAAGCUGGACGAGGAAGGCGUCAUAGCCAAUGUGCCGAACGCUGGAACAAAGACGGCACAUCGAGAUGUUGGUUGCAUGCAGAUCAUGGCUUCUGGGAAAGAGAACGGAAACGAGCGAAGAGCUUUGGGAAGGCUGAAUAUGCGCAUUUCUGGCUGGCUGCAGAGCAAAAAGGACGAUGGCAAAGAAGAUGCAGUCCAAGACCCGCCCAGAAUUUCCAAGGCCCAGCUGUUGUUCUCGGAUUCGCAGAGUCCUGCCAAAGAGCAAUUGGCACUGGAAGCGGACCGUGUGUCGACACAUGAGGAGGUGAAAAGGAAUUCUUUACUUCACCACAAUAUAGAAUGA